AUGGCAGAGUUAGCCUCAGCCAUUCAAAGCUUUAUUGCUUCCAGUCUGACCGCAUGGCACCGUAUCGACACAGUUGUAAGCUCUAUAAGAGAUGCUCCUCGAAAUGUCGAGCAUUGGAAAGUGGUCGGGAGUGUGCUGAAGGAGAGCUUGAGCCAGAUGGAGGAGAGGAUACGCCAGCGACAGAAUUAUAUGACGGCGCCGGAACAGAACCUCUGUAGAGCUAUCGAUGGAUUCACCAGGGACUUUCUAAACGAUCUUGAACAAUUGGAGGGGACGAUACCGGUGAAGAAGGGAGGGAGAUACUGGGUGCAGCUGAAGUUGAGGUUGCAGGAUGAUAGGGAAUUGCUCACGCGUCUUUCUCGCAACGUCCAGAUUUUCCAGGUAUCUGCUUCAGCACUAUCAUUGUUAGACCCACCUACCAAUAACUCCAGAAACAUACACCAAUUUCUUGAAGGCAUCAGCGAUGAGAACCCUGAGCAGCUCGACCCCGUUGAAGCUCCCGAUUUACACAAAUGGAGAGAAGCUCUCUACGAAGUCGCCGACAUCGCAGCCCAACGAGAAUUUCCCGACCCAUCACCUCACGAUCACACAUCAGAGCAACGCGAAACACCAAGAAGACCAUCGGGUGUAAGCCCAAUAGAAUUGCAAUACCGAUUCGAGGCUGCGGUAUCACGAGCGAAACGAAUGUACGAUGCCAAACUGCCAAUCAUGGCGAAGAAGGCACAUGACGAAGCGAUAAAAUACGGUGGAGAGAUGCAGGCGAUUGACCCGAAUGCUAUUAGUGUUCCCGAACUGGUUGACAUGGAGACUAGCUAUGUCCGUAUCGUCAAAGCCUGUAGUCCAUUUGUGGACUCGUAUGAAGCACUUGCGUGGGAGAGGCUACAGAAUCUCAAGUCUAAUUUGCACAAACACACUGGCCACGGAAAUAACGUCGACUUUUGUACCGAACAGGAGAAGGUCGGUAUCUUGUGCGCUGAACUGCGGGAUCGAGAGGGAGCGGUUGAGUUCUUGAGAAUGUCGCUGGAUACAUAUUUAUCCAACCGCGAGGAGUACGAGGACAGAAUACCACGAAUAUCGAUACUGGUCUGCGAACAAUACGAGUGUAUGGGGCAGUGGAAUAACUUGGAUGCCUUCAAGAAAGUCAUAUUCGACAAACUGGGCUAUGAUCCGGCCUCAGAGCCGUAUGCUCUCGCUGACACGAUACUGUGGUGUCGCCAGCAUGGAUAUGAAGCUUCGGAGAUCGAGGGGAGAUUAUACAUACCGGAGGAGAGCUUUGUCGAGAGCACUCCGCUUCACGAUGCGGCCGCCGAUACGACCGUCGGGAAGGAGAUCAUCCAUCAGCUGAUACCUAUAGUCUACCAUGCGAGACCCGAUGCGAACGGCGACACGCCCUUGCUCGUGGCAGUACAACACUCCAACAAUCUCGCGCUUCAGGCAUUACUACGGAUCUCCGGAUCGGUUCAUGUUUUGGACUCUAAAGGCGGUACUCCAUUACAUCGAUGUGAUAACGAUGAGACAUUGAAGCUACUCCUGGAAGAGAUCAAAAAGCCCGUUCACCACUCCUGCCCGAAUGAACAAGGUUUUCACUUGGUCGACAUAGAUUCGACAGAUGGUUAUGGCGAAACAGCUCUGCACAAAGCUUGUGAAAAAGGUAACGAGCGCAUGGUCAGCUUGUUAGUAGCCGAAGGCGCAGACGUCAAUCUGGUGUCCGGGUCGAAUGAGACCCCAUUGAUGGUUACCUGCGAACGAUCCGAGCUGAAAGGAAAGGGAAGAUUAAGCAAAGAAAGAAGGCGAAUUAUGGAAACAUUGGUGAAUCGCCAUGCAGACACAAAACACAAAGAUGACUGGGGCAAACCUGCUGUUCCAAAGAUUCUCAAAUCGAGGGGAUAUAGCGAAGCCGAGAUCGACAAGAUGAUCUCUCCAGACUUGACACGAAGAUUCACGAGACGACGGGGACAGGAGAGAUUUUCCGUUUCAUCAGGCAGCAGCUCCGAAAGACCAUCCUUCGCAACACUCAGUGCCGUAUCGUCAUCGUCACCGGUCGAACUCGUUGGCGACAUACCCUCGCGACCAGCAGAGUUGCCCUUGACCCCAGUGUCGAGUGGUGCACCGCCUUCAGGAUAUGAGUUGCGAUCAGGGGGGACAUGGUCAGAAUUACAGUUAGCUGAGCUUCCAGGGUCCACGCCUGUUGUGUCGGUUGAGCUGGAUAGUAGACCAGUGGAAGUGGUUGAGUCACCGAAUCAGAAGUUUUUGAGAGAUGGGAAGUUGAAGAGUAUUAGAAGGAAGUUGAAGAUAUUAGGUGAUCGGUAA